AGCGUACCCCAAAACUUGAACCGAAUCGCAGCCGGAGAACCUAACGAGCGAAUUGUAUCUAAACGACGGAGAGACGGAAGAAAGAACCGCAUGACAAAAUAGAGCGAAGGAAAUACCCUCGCCGGGCACCACGCGUCUAUCGCCAGGGGCAACAAGAGAUGCCCGGCGUGCGUGCGUCUCUCUCCUCGGACGCUUCUCGGACCCUCUCGCCGCGGACAUCCACUUGUUAGUUAGUCUGUGGCAGCUGAGUGGGGAGGUUGUGCCAGGCGAGGCGCGGGAGAUACCUGUUGAUUUCCUAUUUUGAGGAUAUAUAUUGGAAGUGUUCGUGUUAAGAAGCACAGUUUGGUUUUUUUAAUAUAUGUGCAUUCACGAUGGUGUCUUGAGGGAUACGGCGGGGAGUGCGAUAGCCAAGGAAGCAGACGGAAUUGAUUUCCUGAUAGGAGUGUGAGUGAAUAAAUUGGUGCCCUGCGCACAAAAUACCCAGAGUGGAGAGAAGGGGGGGUGGGGUUAUUAAGCCCACCAUGUUGCCGCCGCCCCUACGAGAAGCCCCAUACCCCUGUGGAAUUAUACCGAGAGACAUCUAGUACUGGUAUCAGUCGGGACAGAAAACAGAGAGAUGUGGGAGAUGUUUCUCGAGGAGGAGGUUUCGGGGAAGUCCUCUCCCACAGGAGGAGGAGGGGGAGGUCGACCUCGUCCUCAAUGCCACUUGCCUGCCCUCCACCCCACCAGUAUCCGAGGCAUAAAGACCACCGUCAGAUGGACUCUCUCCUUCGGGUGCCUGUGGUUGCUGCUGACGACGCCCCUCCUCGUCUGCGCGGAGUCGAAUGGUUGUGAUUUCUAUGGCAGCGGACUCGAACAGGACGGUCGCGGAGUCCAGCCGGUGUACCUGAGCUGCUCCUCGGGCCGAGUGGAGUGGCAGUAUCCCCGCGCAGGGCUCAGGGUCAUCCUCAGGUCCCCCCACAAGGACCGGGACUUCCAAGCGUGCAUCAAGGGUGACCCCAAGUUCGAAGGCGCCAGGAUCUAUCUCGAGGGAUACCGCUCUCUCCUGCCGCUGUUCGCCCUCGACGACGGCCGCCCGCAGGAGCUGGUCCGCUGCUUCACGAGCUACAAGGGCCAGGCGGCGCUGUACGUCGAGGCCGAGCCCAGCACCGACGACCUGAAGAAGGAGGUCGCUGCCUUCGACUAUGAUCUGCAGACGCUCGCCAAGGGGAAGAUUUACGACCCGCUCGAAG